AUGGAAAACAAAACAGAAGAUUUGCAGAAAGAAACAGUUGAAGAUAAAAAGGAAGACACACAGGAAGAUGAAGAAUCAAUGGAUAUGUCUAAUUUCGAUCAAAUAGAGAAAGUUUUAGAAAAUGAUUUUUGCACAAAUACAAAAUUCUUGGAUUAUGAAAGGCAGAUGUUCCUGGACAUAAUUUACAAUGAUGGACUAGUCAUAUGUGCUAAAGGAAUCAGCUACGAAAGAGUUCUUCUCAAUCUAUUCAAAGUUUAUGUACAUCCAGAAAACCUGAUUAUCGUCUUAAACAGUGAUGAUUACGAAGAGAAGUACUACACAAAAUUAUUGGAUUCACCAAAUGUACAUCAAGCAUCCAGUAACAGCACAGAACGUGAGAAAACGUAUUUAGCAGGUGGAGUUCAGUUUAUUUCGACACAAGUGCUGGUCUUAGACUUGCUAAGAAACAAAAUACCUGUAGAAUUAAUAACUGGCAUAAUUGUUUUGAGAGCACAUAAAAUCAUUGAGUCGUGUCAAGAAGCAUUUGCAUUAAGACUUUAUAGACAAAGAAAUAAGAAAGGCUUCAUUAAGGCAUUUUCAUCAUGUUGCGAGGCAUUCACAAUGGGCUAUGGACAUGUCGAAAAAGUCAUGAGAAACAUUUUUGUACGAGACUUAUUCCUAUGGCCUAGAUUUCAUGCUUUAAUUCAGAAAAACUUGAAAACUUACGAGCCAAUUUCAGUCGAAUUUCAUAUCCCAUUGACACUGAAAAUGACACAGAUCCAGACAAACUUAAUUGAUUUAAUGAACUUCCUUGUUAAGGAAUUGAAAAGGAUCAAUCCAACUGUAGAUUUAGAGGAAGUAAGCGUUGAAAAUUGUGUCUCGAAACGAUUCCAAAAGAUACUGCAGUCACAAAUGGAUGUUGUAUGGGAUCAGCUUAGUUCAAAGACAAAGAUGUUGAUUAGGGAUUUACAGAUACUCAGAAGCUUGAUGUUCACUGCAAUUUACGGUGACUCGGUGACCUUCUUUUCAGCACUGAAAAAGUACCGAUCUGCAGACUAUGCAUUAAAUAAUAGUGGAUGGACUUUACUACAUGCAGCAGAACAAAUUUUCAAACUAUCAAAAGAGCGUGUAUACAACAGCAAAGAUGAAUUCGAUCCUGAAUCUUGUCCAAAAUGGAAAGCACUAAGUGACAUUUUGAAAGUUGAAAUUCCUUCAGAUAUUAAAAGCAUAAUUCAGGAUGAAGCCUAUGAAUUCGAUAAAGAGAAACAAAUUAAAAUUUUAGUGCUUUGUAAUGAUUCCAGAACAUGUCAUCAAAUUAAUUAUUAUCUAACUCAAGGAUUGGAAAGGACGUUAUUCUUUGCAGCUUUAAAAAAUGAUGUGUCAGUCCAAAAAUUAAGCAAAAAGUAUGAAAAAGUUACAGGGACUGGAAGUGUUAAGGAUUGCAUGAAUGUGAAGCAAAUUCAAGAUCCUCAACCUUUAGCACCGACUGAAAAAAGCAAGGAAUCUGAAAAAAUUCCAUUGCGACUAGCUGAAAAAGUAGCAAGCAAGCGAAAAGUACAUGUAAAUCAGGAAACUAAGAAUAGCGAGGAGCUACAAAGUGUAACGAGCAAAGAUACUUUGGAUUUUGAGAAUACUGAAGAUACUGAUAUUUUAAAAGAUACGUUUAUCCUCACAAUGUCACAGCAAAUCAAUGGAAAUGAGACAGUUCUUGCUUGUGAUUUUGACACAACUUUGAAGGAUCAUGUUAAAUUUGAGACUUUUCGAGAUGAUUGUCUUGAAGAAAGCCUGAAUGUAUCAAAUAUUGUUGCUAAAAUGGAAAAACCAACAGUAUUUAUUCAAACUUACCGAAGUGAUAUCCUUAGAAUGUCCUCUUUAAGUCAGACUCUUCAGGAAAUGUCACCAGACUACGUUGUUCUAUACAACAUCAACAUCAGCGCUAUCCGACAAAUUGAAACAUUUGAAGCUCGAUAUCAACGACACAAAAAGAGAAGGCUUAAAGUAUUUGUAUUGAUGCAUGGUAAGACGGUCGAAGAACAGAGCUUCUUAACAAGUUUGCGUCGAGAGAAGCAAGCAUUUGAGUUGUUAAUAGAAACUAAGAGAAAAAUGGUGGUGCCUGAAUAUCAAGAUGGAAAAACUGAUAUAUUGGAUCCACACAGGGAACUAGAAGAAGAUGAAAAGGAAGUUGAUACACGAAAAGCUGGUGGACAAAGUUCUGAUGUCAAGAAAGAAAAUCCAAGAAUAAUCAUUGAUUCCCGAGAAUUUAGAAGUGAAUUGCCAUGCUUAGUACAUAGAAGUGGAUUAGAAGUUGUUCCAGCUAUGAUAUCAAUUGGCGAUUACAUUAUAACUCCCGACAUUUGUGUAGAAAGAAAGUCAAUAUCGGAUUUAAUUGGUUCCUUAAAUUGUGGUCGACUGUACAAUCAGUGCCAACAGAUGACUCGAUUCUAUUCGAAAGCAAUUUUACUGAUUGAAUUUGAUCAAAACAAGUCAUUCCAUUUACAAGGCAGAUACAUGCUGUCUCGUGAUUCUGAAAGUAUGAAUCUAGACAUCAUGCAAAAGUUACAGCUAUUGACUAUUCAUUUUCCAAAAUUGAGACUUGUUUGGUCACCAACAUGCUACGCAACAGUUCAGUUAUUUAAGGAACUAAAGCUACACAAAGAGGAACCAAAUAUUGAGCAGGUUCUUAAACAAACUGGGACAGAUGAGGAUCCAAUGCAGGAAUUAGCUGUCGCCAGUGACAAUUACAACACAAAUAUUUAUGAUUUCUUAAUUAAACUCCCCGGUGUCAAUUCAAGGAACAUCCACGGCUUAAUGAGAAAUGGCAAAAAUUUUAAGAAUCUCCUAAAACUCACACAGGCUGAUUUGUCAGACAUUCUUGGAAGUGUCAAAGAUGCAAAGUCAUUCUACGAUAGUUUUCAUAGUGCACCAAAGCAAGUCAAAAAGGUUGAGGAAAAGUCUUAUAAACAGAAGAAGCAAAUGAGGAAGUACUGA